UCUCUCUCUCUCUCUCUCUCUCUCUCUCUUUCGAUCAGUCAGUCGCUUUCCUCUUUUUCAUUAAGAGUGUGGAUGUUGAAAUAUCCCAGUCUACUUUCGCGAUUAGCUGCAACACUUUAUGCUUUUUAGCUUUUCUCUUCUCUCCUCCCAAUUUGCUCUAACCUGUUUCCUUCAAUUUGAAGUAGAACAUAUUGAAGUGGUCACAUCAGAAGAAGCACCACAAGUUCUCUUCUCUUUUUUAUACUCAGAAAAUCCACUCCGCUCUCAGGGUUCACACAACUGCGCCAACUCAUUUUGCAGUUAGCUCCUUUGUUUCUUUGUUGGAACCCUUCAACCCUUCAUUGAAGAAUCUUUAUUUUUAAAGCUCGCUCUUUUUUAUGAAACAAGCUUGGUAUUUACUAACAAGUCCAGGAGCAAAAAAAAAUAUUGACUAUCGAUUUGUUUUUUAUUCAAAUGAACUCCUUUUUUGCUCAACGUCUUUAUUUUUCUGUCUGUUCUGUACCAACUUGAAAUUUGUUUGCCAAACAAUUUCAGUCGAUGAUCUGUAUUUGUCAUUUGGGCCAGCUAACCCAUUAUUAUUGGUGUCCUGUUUUCAUUCCCCCAAAAUCUGUCCCUUUUUCCCGUGAGCUGUCCGAUCCAACUAGUCGAUACAAGCACUGCGGGGGGUAGGGUGAAAUAGAUACCCUUUCUUAUUACUUGCCUGCAGGUGGUUCAAAUUUUGAUACGACUUACUUGUUUGUGAAGAAGCGUGUUUUACGGGGUUCUCACUUUCCAUUCCAAAUAUUUACCAACUCCGCCAUAAACAUCAAUCAUGAUUACCGUGACUAUAUAUGAACCUACAAUGGAGAACGGAGGAUAACCAAGCCAUAGCAAUCUAAUUUAUUGGACAUCUUAUAUUUCUACCCGAAUUUAUUUAUAACUCAAUUUCUUUAAUCCCAAAUAUUGUCUCCAUUGUUUAUCUCAAUCUCCAUCAGUCGGAAAAUGCAGAUUUAUAGUCCAUAACCCAAUUUCAAUCGAACCCCCUAUCGAUUUCUUGGUACUGUUUUAUCCUCCUGCAUUCAUUCAUUCGCUCUGACUUACUUUCCUUGAUUCGAUUUUAUAACCAUUUAUCCCCCCCCCCCCCCCAACUUAUCUAGAAAUGAAUUACUUUCUACUGGUGCUGCUUACAACAUUGGGGCUUCUCAUUUCUAGAAUAUGCGCUGACAUCUCUGUGAGCAUGAAUCCACAGUCGAAGCAGGUGCCCCUGUACAAGGACGUGUUCAUGAGUUGUGAGUUCCGCUUCUCCCCCUCCUCCCCCAACCAGGCCAGCCCCCCUCUGGAGGAGACCGGGAGUGAGAUAGUCUGGCUGAAACAGACCCCCGGCACCUCCAUGUUCAGACCAGUUGUACAGUCCAAAGGCACUGGGUACAUGGCAAGAACAGUGAAAGUGCGUGUGCUGUCUUACAACGAGGAGAAGCAGACCAAGUCCUCGUCCCUCGAGGUCCGCAGAAUAUCGGAGGCGGAUGCCGGCUACUACAAGUGCAUCAUUGGAGGGGGCAAAACAGCCGGCGGUCAGGAAACCAAUGUGGCUCAGCUGCAAAUAGUGCCUGGCAUCUCAGUCAGCCCGAGUGUGGUUAGCAUCGAACCAGACAGACCCUUCCGCAUCUACUGCAACGUCACUUCCACCCAACAGGGAUCCCGAUUCUCACCCGGAGGCCCCAGGGGACUGGGAGGGGGAGUGCUGGACAACACUAUCACGUGGACUUAUGCCAGCACCAGGCUGGUGGACCCAGAUGACCCCAUUGCCAUGCAGAGACUCAUGGAAACUGCGAGGCAGUUGUCCUCAUUGCCAAAACUCCAAUUCGAUGUGUCGGCGGACGGGAGUAUUGUGAGUGUGAGGCGGGCGAGGAUGGAGCAUGCUGGCUACUACUGGUGCACCUAUGAGGCCAGUCAGCAGGGGGGCAUGUUCCAGGGCAGAGUCCACCAGAGGGCCAUAGUUAGGUAUGGGCCGACUUACCAGCUGGACCAAUUCAACCACACCAACUCCACCCGCACAGUCAAGGCAUUCGUGGGGGGAACUGUGGACCUCUACUGCAACAUUGUGUCCCUGCCAUUCGCCAGAGUCGAGUGGUUCCGCAACACACGCAGAAUAGGACAUGACCAGAUACGACACGAGAACUCGGCGAACGGGAGGAGGUACUUCUACCACCUGAUGAGAGACAAGAGUGGCUUCCCCACCAUCCUCCGCAUGAACGAUCUGCAGUACGAGGACAGGGACGAGUACAUCUGCAACGUCACCGCAUUCGGUAUCCGACAAUCCUGGUCCACACUUCUCAAGGUCAAAGACAAAUAUUCGGCCUUUUUCCCCCUGGGCGUGAUCGUCACUCAAAUGGUGCUCAUCUUCACCCUCAUAUUUGGUGCAGAGAAGGUCUACUCCAACAAGGGGGGACACAGUCAUGGCCACAGUCAUGGCCACGCGAGGAACCACACCUCACAUGUACACCUGCCGACGGACACUACCAUGGACCACAAUGGAACCAUACGCAGCAGAGCCAUGACCUUAUCUGGGAACGUGGGGGCGGCAACGGCUGGGUCGGAUGGGAGGGCGGCGACAAUCACCAGCAACCCCAUGCACCACCACAGCCAAACAAACAACCUCUCACCCACCCACUUCCCUCACCAACUAUCCUCUCCUCACCCUCCCACCGCCUCUGGACAGAACCAUCCGAAUCAGCAGAACCCCCACAACAGCAGCAGACAAGAGCAAAACAGCCACAGUUUGCAGCCCCAACACACAGCCACAGGAGUCUACAUGUCCAACAGCCUCUCCCGAGGACCACACCACGCAAUGUCCCCACCACCACAGGUGCCGGCACCCCCUCCGCCGCCGCCGCCCCAGCAGUCUCAUCAUGGCUCCACACACCAUCAUCACCCUCAUCAUCAUCAUGGACAGGGAGGGGGCAUACUGUCCAUAGACCAGAUGCAGUCACAGCCACUCAUCUUGCAACACCACCAGCAACAACAACAGCAGCAGUAUUCUGGGGGCUAUGAUAGUGCAGGGGGGACUCUGGUUAGUCUUCACAGAAGCUCCACCCUUCCCACUCAAUACCCACACCCACACCAUCUCUAUGGCCGCCAAAACAGUCCCCCCAAUAGCUAUAGUCACACAAGUCAGCAGCAGAGGGGAGGCCGCGUGAUAUGACAACAGCCCCCAUUUUGGCUAUACUGUGGUCUAUGGUAGUAGUGAAAGCUAACCAACAGUCCAUGACCGAUGCCACGACAACUUAUACACAACGCAUGACCUCUGCUGCUUAUGUUUGAAGCCAGUUUAGACCUCACGUGACAAUGAGAAUGGAAUGAAUCAUUCGUUCAAUCGCCGAGUGCUUCUCAUUUUGUAGAAAUAUGCGGCCAAAAAUGACGAGAGAAGAUGAAAACUUUUUAAGAGGCGAGAUAUACGCAUCUUGCAGUGUAUAGCUAUUCUAAUUAGAGUACAUCCUAUACGAAUUAUAGACUUGAACUAUGGUACAUUUAGUAUAAAUGUCGUUGUUGAAAUUUGGAUUAACCUAUCACUGAA